GCGCCGGCGGCUCACUUUGUCGCCAGUAGGUACAGUGCGCUAACAUGUGGCGGUGGGCGGCGCUGUGGCAGGCCUCCACGCUUCUGCUUGUGGGAGCCACGAUCAAUAUUGGAUUCUUCACACGUUCCAGACAUUUUUUACCACCACCACAGGUCAAUUGCUUGGAAUUACCAAAUUAUAGUGCCGACACUUUAGCCCGGACGUUUAAUACAGGACGGCGUCUUCCGCGUGAGGUUGGCCCUAUGUUUGUCCCGCCCACUACGGCUACAUUUCUUAGCAGACCACUGAUACAUAUCAACGAAAUGUCGCCUAGGAUCGAUCAACUCCUGCCCGAAGCUGACGACAUAGUGAAGGAGCACGCGAAACUCGUGCAAGAUAUAAACAGCUUGAAACAACUCGUGUUUGUGUCCCCUUUCGCGGACGAAAACCGAGACUACGAAGAUUCAAUUUUCCAUGAAAUUAUAGAGACUACUACACUGUUGCCGAGGACGAAGGCGACUACUACAACAAAAUCGCCCCCGAAGACGACAAAGGCGAGCUCAAUCCCCAUCGUUCUCCUCGGAGGCGCCAGCAAUCAGCGGCAAGUGGUUAAAAGUCAACCGAUCAAGUUUCCUAAGACAUCUAUAAAUUUGGUUGGAACUUCCGUAUCGCCAUUAUUGAAACAUCCCUAUCCUUUCGUGAUGCAAGAGACAUCACGGAGACCUCUAAAAGUGUGCAUGUCCACCAUGCCUACCAUGUACGCCACCCCUCGACCACCCACUUUGUGGGAGCGGUUACUACGCUCCAUCAUCCCCAGAUAGUUAUUAAAAAUUAAUUUAAGAUUAGGUACCGUAAGAUAAUAUGCAUGUAAAAAUGUAUUUUUGCCCGUAGCUAGACGCCGGUCAUCGCUAUUUGUUACCGUUUCAUUACGAUGACCGCAAUAAUUGUGAUUCAGUAAUUAAUAAAUGAACAGAACGGAUCCCAUCGUUGUUUUGUCGUGUUAGGAUAUAGGAAGU